CUUUGCCGCUCUCCCCCACUCGAUUAAAAAAAAAAAAAAAUUCGAAAUUUUAAGAUGGCGAUUAAGCGACUCAGAAUAACCGUGGAGAUUACAACAGAUCGGUGUGAGACGACGGAGAGAGUAACGAGGUCGAAGAGCAGAAAGAAACUCACUAAGGAAGUGGAGAAGAAAAAAGAAGAAGAAGACGAGACAACACCUCUCAGAGGCAUAUUCUGUCUUAAACAGAGACAAGAUAUGAAGAUUGUCGAGGAGAAAGAGGAUUGCUUUAUCCUUGAUUUCGAUCCUAACGAUUCGUUUGACUCAGGGAAGCUCUCUUCCUCCUCUGAUAGCCCAGAGAGUGAUGACGAUGUGGCGAUCAUCCAUGAGAAAGGACAGGUGGCUUGUAGAGACUUCCCACAUCCAAGGCAUCUCUGUUUGAAAUAUCCUUUUAAGUCAACUAAUCACCAACUUCAUUGUAAUAAUUGUUAUUGUUAUGUAUGUGAUGUGCCUGCGCCUUGCCCAUUUUGGACACCUGUAAAUUACGAAUCGCAUUGUGAAGCAGUGGAGGAAACUAGGUGGAAGCAUUUACGGGCGCUGCACGCAAGGAAAAAGAGGAUCAGUCACCUAGUUAGUUAGUGCUGUACUUUGGCUGCUCGCCUUUGUAAAAGCACCAACCAACAUGUGAAAAAAAAGACUUUGGUUCUCCAAUGAGAGGUGUUCAG